GUGAUUAAUCACAAAGAAAGGUCCAAUUCUUUGUAAAAAAAGCAUUUCUCUUUACCUAUUUAAAGGAGAAAUUCUCGCAGUGAUCAAAAUCUGUUUGGUGUGUCGGUUUUAUCAGAGAUUCGUAAAAGUAGAGAAGGAAACGAAGGAGAUAUGGCAGUAGCAGAGGGACGAGUCAUCCGCUGCAACACCAUUGAUUCAUGGAACCACCAAAUUCAGAAGGGCAAUGCCUCUCAGGAACUGAUAGUGGUGGAUUUCACUGCAUCAUGGUGUGGUCCGUGUCGGUUCAUUGCGCCUUUUCUAGACGAGCUUGCUCAGAAAUUUCCCAGUGUCACAUUUCUCAAGGUUGAUGUUGAUGAUCUGGAGUCGGUAGCUAAAGAUUGGGGGGUGGAGGCAAUGCCUACUUUUAUGUUCCUGAAAGAGGGAAGAAUUGUGGACAAGGUGGUUGGAGCUAGGAAGGAAGAACUGCAGCAGACUGUAUUCAAGCACAUGGCUGCUACUUCUUCUGCCUGAUAUCACCAACGACAAUUGGGCUCUGAAGUAGAGAUAUAAACAACUUCAUUAUACUAUGAAACCGCUUAAAUUUUCUAUACUUGAUUACCAGCUCCUAUCCGCUCGCUUUGUUGUUAGAAGAACACGGUAUAUUCUCCCUUUCGAAGUGGCUUUUAUUGUUUGUCUUUUCUUCUUUCUCUUAAGUUGAAAAAACAAUGUUAUUGUUGCAUUAGUAUAAUUGGGAUGUGGGAAUCUGAUAUUGAAAGAACAGGAAGACGAUUCUUUAGGAGGAAGAUUUGCUUAAUGUAUGGGUAAUUCUGAUAGUUAAAUUCGAUUUGACAUUA